GUCACUGCUUGCUGUAAUGUUAUUCAUUACCUGAAGAGGUUGUAUCCUUUUCCCCUUUAAAAUGGCAAACAGCAAGUUUCAAUUGGGGUCUUUUGAGAACCCUGUGAAGUUUAAAGAACAGGAUUACUGCUCUCUUAAAGAUGCCUCCUUGAAGUCCGGCUCUCUGUUCUGUGACCCCACAUUUCCUGCCGAGCAGAAAUCUAUCGGGAUGCCUGAGGAUCCCAAACCUGAAAACGCAGUUGAAUGGUUACGCCCAAAGGACAUUUGUGACAAUGCUGUGUUUGUGGAGGGAUCCAUUGGAACCACUGAUAUCUGUCAGGGUCAGCUGGGUAACUGCUGGCUCCUGGCUGCCCUGUCCUGCCUCACUAUGCACCCCAAGCUCUUUGGGAAGGUGGUCCCAUCUCCGCAGAGUCUGACUCAGGACUACGGCGGAAUCUUCCAUUUCCGUUUCUGGCAGUAUGGGGAGUGGGUGGAGGUGGUGGUGGAUGACCGACUGCCUGUUCGCGGCGGUCGCCUGCUCUUCAGCUACUCCCGCAGCAAGAACGAGUUCUGGAGCGCCCUGGUAGAGAAAGCCUAUGCCAAGUUGAUGGGCUUCUACAGCAGUCUGAAGGGGGGCAACAUCUCCGAGGGUAUGGAGGACUUCACUGGCGGCAUUGCCUACUCUCAGCCUGUCUCAGCCUUCAAGCCCCCAGUGCUCUGGAGACAGCUGACCGCCUCACUGUCCAGAGGGAGUCUGCUCAGCUGUUUUAUACAGGCCAAGACCUGGCGCGACAUCGGGACAGUGACCUCAGAGGGGCUGGUCAAGGGGCAUGCCUAUGCCAUCACAGACACAGACAAGGUCCAGAGCGAUUCUACUGAGGUGCUCCUGGUGAGGCUGCGCAACCCAUGGGGCUUCGUCGAGUACAAGGGACCCUGGAGCGACAAGUGCAAGGACUGGGCCAAAGUGGAAAAGUCUGAAAUCGAAAGACUGGAGCUUAAAAAGCAGGAAGAUGGAGAAUUCUGGAUUGCAGUGGAGGCAUUCAGCAGCCUGUUUGAUCUGGUGGAGCUGUGCAGUGUGAGUCCAGAUACGCUGCAUGACAGCAGCAGCAGCAGCAGCAGCAACAGCGCCUCCUCCUGGUCACUCAGCUCAUACGAGGGCUCCUGGGUACCAGGCUGCUCUGCAGGGGGCAGCCGUAAAUAUAGAAGAUCAUUUUGGACUAACCCACAGUACCAGCUCUCCCUGAACACAGCGGAUGUGGAGGGAGAAGAGGACGAGGACGUGGAAGAUGACGAUGAUGAAGAUGAAGAGGACAAGGUGGCUCUGAGUCCAUCAGCUGAGAAGCAGAAGGCGAAGGGCCAGAAGUGCACUGUGCUGGUGGAGCUGCUGCAGAAGGACCGCAGGAGGAAGGGCACCGUCAAGUUCAUCUACAUUGCCUUCCACAUCUACAAGAUACCACCUGAGUUGCAGGACAGCGUUGGCUGUCUGGACCAGAAGUUCUUCACAUCCCAGAAGCCAGUGGGGCGCUCUGGGAAGUACCAGGCUAUCCGUGGCGUCUACAGGAGGGUGAACCUGGAGCCGGGGAACUAUGUCAUCGUGCCCUCCACCUACAGGCCCAAUAAGCCCGGAGACUUCUUCCUCCGCAUCUAUGCUAAGACUGGCAACACGCUCGGACAUGAAGAGUUCACCUGUUCUACUGGCUUCUUGAACUUGGUGAUGUCGAACCCCCCUAUGCCUGAGGACCAAAUACGAGUGGAUGACUGGUUUGAUCAGGAGGAUGUCUCGGAUGACAGACUGGAUGCUGCAGCCUUUAUGGGACUUGUGAAUUCAGUGUUGGAGAAGGACUACCAUCUUCCUAUUGAGACCUGUCGACAGCUGGUUUUGGGAGAGGAUACAGGGGGAAGAGCCAGGCUGGAUCGCGCCCAGGCCUUGAAGCUUGUCACAUCUCUGCGGAAGCUACAGUCAACCUUUAUCGAUCAUGACGAGGACUCAUCUGGUACUAUGAGUCCCUUUGAGCUCGCUGAGGCCCUGAAGGAAUCAGGUUUAAAGUGUGACAGUGAGGUGGUGAAGGUUCUGUGGGAGCGCUUUGGCUCUGGGGAUAUCCAUCUUCCUUUCCACGGCUUUGUCUCCUGUGUCACCAGACUCAGAGGACUCAAUGAACUGUUUGAGUCUGCAGGUCCUGAGCUGAAGCAACAUGGCAUGAACACAUGGCUGCUGAGCCUGCUGGCGCUGUGAGAGUGUUGAACACCAAGGAGUUAUAUGCCUUAAAUACAAGACCAUCUCUUCUUUUUUUUCCUGCCAGAAAAUCCUGCAGCCAUGACAUGACAUGACUGACUAAGUAUUAUCGUUUUAGUAGAAGUAUAAUGUACCUUUCCAACUGUCUACCAUCACAUUAUACUUAGCUGACGCAUCUAUCUAUCCAAAGCAACAGUUAUAUACUGUAGGCCUAUAGGUACAGGAUUUUUGGUUACAAGCACCCCUGAGUAUAGGGUUAGGUACCAUGCUCAAGGGCACAUCAGCUACGGAUGAAGAUGGUGGGAAAAAAGAAUGUGGGAUAUGAACCUGCAAACUUCUGAUCCAAAAGAUCAACUCCCAAACCAGCUGCCUGUUACCACUAAAUUAGGCAAAUUCAUUUCUCGAAUUCCAGAAUACCGGAAGUUGCGGGAGCAUGGAUAUACUUAUAAUGUUUAAGAUCCACUGAGUUUGGCAGUUGUGGACUCAUGACAUAUUAUGAAAGGGUGCCAUUGCUUGGCAAAACUAAGGGACAUCCAAAAGCCUGUGUCACAUGCAUAUUAUGAGGUGUGCUUCCCUGUCCCUCUCUGUCAUGCUUCCUUUUUCUG